AUGGACUCCACGCAGUCCACAGGGCGGCGAGACGAGUCGGAGGGAGGCAGCACUCAACUCUCCGCCCAGGACAGGGUAAUGUUGACCUCCGACGAAGUCCAACAGUUCUACGCCAACGCACUGGACGAAAGGUACAGCACCGGAGUCUCGCCGCCUCCGUUGGCAUUUCUCCGCGAGCUGCAAGCACGACAUGCGCACCCGCCAUCACACUCGCUGGCCCCGGCGCCCGGUAUGGCGUAUCAAAUGGAUACGUUCGAUUUGACGGGGGUAGAGCAGCUGUACAUCUCCGGCGGCCCGGCACUGUCGAUGGAGCAGCAGGUUGCCUCGCUCGAGUCUCUCCCGCCACUGUUGCCGGUCUCUGAAGGCUACCCUGGAAGCAUCGCAGACGCGUUUGCCUUCUCAAUGGACCAGUCGCAACAGUCAAUGUACAGUGAGUACGAGCCCGCGCAGCAGGAAGAACCGCCGGCCACAACGCAAUCUGCGCCUUCGCACGCGCAAUUCUUCGAAGCGUAUCACCACCAGAUCCGCACCAUCUUCACCCUCGCGCACCACGGCAGCCUGCGAGACAUUGGCGGAAACCUACUAGUCGCAUCCCACUAUCUUCUGGACAACGUCGAGGCACUCGGUCUGACGCGCGACGAGCAGGAGCUGAAUAACGACCGCCUCCGCCUGUGGGGCGAGUUCAACUACUCCUGGCUCGUGACCCUGCAGAAGCAGCUCGACCUCAGCAUUCAAGACCAUCCGCUGCUGGAGAGCCAGUCGAUCAUGAGCGUGCAGGCGCUCGAGAGGCUGUCUAGCGAACUCGUCCGGCUCUGCGACGGCAUUGAGCGCUUCGGGCUGGUGGAUUAUCAGAUGGGCGUCGAAGAGGAGGAUAUCAUGGAUCUUCUGCUGCGAUGUCUGGAUGCGCUCGGUGUUGCUGAGGUAGCAGGAUGA